UUUGACUGAAAGCCUUGAAAAAUAAGAAACACUAGAUCCAAACACCUUUUAUCGUAGAAUGCCUUCAUGUCCAUGCUUUGUUUUAGUGCUCCUCAGGAUAAGACCUCAUGAAGGCGGGAAUUCGGAUCAAGGUUAAUUCACCGAGCAACUGGCUGCCGCCAAGAUGAGCGUCUUCCUAUUUGUACCAAAUAUCUUGGGUUACAUACGCAUUGUACUUCUGCUUGUUGCAUGCUAUUUUAUGAGAAGUAGUUGUGAAAUAACGCUCCUCACUUAUGUCUUGUCAUGUCUACUUGAUGCAUUUGAUGGUUAUGCUGCACGAUCAUUAAACCAAAGUACCAAGUUUGGCGCAAUGCUCGAUAUGAUUGUUGAUAGAUGCUCAACAAUGUGUUUGUUGGGAUGUCUGAUAUAUUUCUACCCUUCGUAUAUGUUUUUCUUCCAAGUCGUCAUGAUAGUGGAUAUAGCUAGUCAUUGGCUACAUUUACACAGUUCUGUUUUGUCAGGUAGUUCGAGUCACAAAAUUGUAGACCUAAACAGUAACCAGUUCCUCAAACUGUACUAUACAAAUAAAGUUGUUCUUUUUUUGAUGUGCGCUGGAAAUGAAUUAUUCUAUACGAUGCUGUAUGUAUCUCAUUUUUAUCCUGGACCGAAAUUGUUAUCUUUUGGAUUGUCAAACGUGAUGAUUUGUUUGUUGGCUCCGGUUGCAUUUUUGAAGACAUCGAUUAGCCUUAUUCAAUUGUAUGCAGCUUGCAUAAAUAUGGCUUCAGUGGAUGAAAAAGAACGAUCUCAGAAUAAGUCGAAUUAAUAAAUAGAAACCAAAAUGGGCAUGUACAAUUAUGAAACAAAAGCUGUCAUAAUAACUUAAUUACAAAAAUUAACUAAAUGCGUUUAGAAUGGCAAUCAUUCAAGGGUAUUCCUUCCCUACAAGAUUCACUUUUUUUAAAGCUGAUCUUAGUAGCCUCAAAGAAUUUAAUAUUUUAUUGUAUAUGUCAUGUGAUAUUACGCCAUUAUUUUGGAAUUAUUUUAUUUAUUUUUUUUUGCUGUUAUGAAGACGGCAGGCUAAAUUGACUCUCCUAGUAUCCUUAAUAUAUUGUCCUUUAUAUAAAUGUAAUUUGGAUAUAAGGUAAAUGACUUCAUACUUAUUUAUAUUGAAUGUUGUGUAUUGCUGCUUCACCUAAUUUUGGCUCCUCUUUUUUCCUUCAUGAAUUCAUUCUCAGCAUUUCUUUCACUUCACUUAUUUAUUAUUUAUAAUUUCAUAUGAUCAUUUCAUUCCAUUCAGCUGAUUGUUUUACAUCUUUGUGUGUAUCUUAAUACACAGUUUUUAUAGCCAGAUGUGAAUAUCAUGAAAACAAAAUAUAUUACAAAUUUGUCUGUUAUAAACCAGAAGAC